AUGGAGGGCGAAGAUGAGUGUGGAGGUGGGGUAGGGGUAAUGGAGCGAGAGGGGAGCAAGGUGGAGGAGGCGAAAAGGAGAGGAAGACCAACGAAGGCAGAGGCUUGGGGUAGGGAAAGAACGGGGAGUCUAGGGAAUAUAGAGGAUUUGCUUAACAGAGGAAAGAGGAAGGAGAGGGGAGGGGAGGAGGAGAUGGAAGCAAGGGAAGUAGAGGAAAUAUUUAAAAGAAGUAAGAAAGUAGAAAGAACGCCAGAAAAGUUGGGGAUAGGAAAAGCGGAAUUGGAGCAAAUGCUAAGAGGGUUGAUGGAGGGAAUGAGAAAAAAUAUUGGAGAGGAUUUAAAGAAGGUAGGGAAGGGGGUGGAAGAGGGAAGAGAAGAAAUGCUGAGGCAACUGAGCAAGAUGAAAGAGAGCUGCGAAAGAGAAAGGGCAGAGCUAAGAGGGAAGAUAGAAAUGCUUGAAAAGAAAGUGGAAAGGUUAGAAUUAAAAGAGAAAAAAGAGGAAGGAGGGGAGACAGGUGAGGAGGAAAGGAGGGAGUUGAGUAAGAAGGUGAGGAAGUUGGUAAUAAGAAUAAAUAAAAAGGAGAGGGAAGGGAGAAGAAGGAAUUUGAUAAUAAAAGGUGUGAAGGUGGAAGGAAAGGGGAAGGAAGAAGUGGUAGAAGAGAUUUGGGGGAGGAUAGGGGUGAAAGAGAAAGUAGAAGAAGUAAGGAGGAUAGGCAAAGUGGAUAGAAAGGGGAGAGGUAGGUUGAAGGUGAAGAUGGAAGAAGUGGAGGAAAAGAGGAAGGUAAUAACGGCAAAAAGGGAAUUAAAAGGGAGGCCGGAAAGAAUAGAAGACGAUAGAACAGAGGAAGAAAAGCGGGCAAGGUGGAAGAUAGAGAGAGAGGCGGAAAGAGAGAGAAGAGAGGGAAAGAGGGUACAGAUUGGGUACAUGAAGAUAUAG